AGUUUGAAUUUUAAUGGCAGAUGAGAAAUGGGUUAUGUCAAGUUUGGAUCUGUAUUACAAUAUCAAUAUUGGUGAUUGGAUUGAACAUGAAAGGUGCAUUUGGGAUUAGAUUUGUAAUUGAAAAAGAAGAAUGUUUUUCUCAUAAGGUUGAAAUGGGGGAAACUGUUCAUUAUUCAUUUGUUGUUAUCAAGUCUGAAGGCGAUUGGCAUCACAGUAAUGACGGUGUUGAUCUUGUGGUGAAGGGGCCUUCUGGAGAACAGAUUCAUGAUCUUCGUGACAAAAUAAGCGAGAAGUCUGAGUUUACAUCUCAUCAUGAAGGAAUUUAUCGUUUCUGUUUCACUAACAAGUCGCCAUAUCAUGAAACCAUUGACUUCGAUCUACAUGCUGCUCACUUUGUAUACCAUGAUGAGCAUGCAAAAGAUGAGCAUUUCAAGCCUUUGUUUGAGCACAUCGGAAAGCUAGAGGAAGCUUUGUACAACAUUCAGUUUGAGCAGCACUGGUUAGAGGCCCAGACAGACCGUCAAGCAAUAGUGAAUGAAGGAAUGAGCAAGAGAGCAAUGUACAAAGCUCUUUUUGAGUCUUCAGCUCUUAUUUGUGUUAGUUUUCUACAAGUAUUCCUCCUCAAGCAUUUGUUUGAACGAAAGCUGGGGCAGUCCAGAGUUUAGUUUUCGGCACAGGGAGGAUAACAUUCUUCUGCCCAAACCCUGUAAACUCAGAUGUAUUCACUUUUUGUGCCUUUUAUCUGAAGGCAGAAUAUUGCUACAGAAACUAGAAUGACCGAUGUCCUUUUUGGAGAUUAAGUUAUUUCGAUACAUUCUUUCAGGAAUUAGUGAGAUUUUCCUAAUCUAUGUUUUAAGAUUAUCUGCUUGGCAUGCAAGUUCUUUCAAUGUCCGUGGCACAGUCCAUUGUUGAAUUUUGAUACCUCAAGUUGUGUAAUCAUAUUUAUUUGAUACUGACAAUUUCUCAUUGUAACCUUCAUUUUUGGCUGUUUUUGGUA